UAUUUCUCAAAUAUACUUCUCUCAUGAAAGAAUUUAUAUUGCAGCGUAUAUCAAAUUAUAUUUUGCUAACAAAAUUUCAACGCGUAAAGGGCAUGUCGCAUUCGCAUUACUAAAAUUUCAUUACACAUUUUUUUAUUGUCUCCUCAUUGUUCUCGAUGGGGCGAAAUUUACUUUAUACAAAACAUAUGACUCAAAAUUUAUUCAGCUAUGACUCUGCGUGUGAAAGAAAUACUUCUACAUUGAUUUACUGUCACACAUAUGUGUGUGCAGUGGAAUAAGUAGAAGGACUACACAUAAUAUAACCAAAACUAUUAGUUCUAGGUGAACGUUGAUCGAAAGUUACGAUCGUCGGAUACAAAAGGGAACAGGACAAAGUUAAACAUUACAAUUUUCCUGUUUAUAACAAAAGUCUAUGAACGUCAUCAGGCGAAAAUAGUUUUCAUAAAAAGCAAUCUUGUCCCUCGAUGUUUACAAAUUCUUAAUACUAAUCUCUCGCACGCAACGCUUGAAUUUUUAAAACGCACAAGCGUAUUAAGCAACGAAGUUAACUUUAUGUCUAACAUUGUACUUCUACUGUCAGUCUCUAAGAUGGGAGUCUUAUCAAGUGUAUUCAAGACUUUAGUCCUGUGAUCAGUUGGGCCUUCAUAUGGAUAUGGUGAGAAAACUAUGAUUAGGUGGUUAGCAAAUGUUGCUUCUACCUCGUUACUUCGAGCCCAUGUUCCAUUUGGUUUAUGCAGUAGCGGGGAGGUUGUUACCAGUUGUUUUAGUGUCUUAGUAGCUUUCCACAGAGUAAUCUGUUGCAGCCGUGACAUAAAUCUUCUGUAAAUAAGCUUGAAUACCAUUAUUUUUUUCGUUGCUUAAUAGACAUUUAAAUUCUUUGAUGGCAUAAUUUAAUUUAGUUUUUAGAGAGAGGCAUCUGGUCUAUUGCUAUAAUUUAUGCAAACGUCUUUUUUUAGAUACCUUCUCAACUAUGGUCUUGGAAUAUAAUAUUUUUACAUCCGCUAUUUUAAUUUCGGGAAAAUGAGAAUGGCUUCCCAAGUAGCAUUUUGAAUCGUGACGGUAAAGUGCCCUGCUGCUUUAAUUAUAUUAUUUCCAGUUUUGAGAUUUAUAUUACAAUCAAGGGAUUGACUAAUAAUGUCCUUGAAUAGAGUCCAAUUAGUUUUCUCUUGUAAGGUACAGUUUUUGGGCUACAUCAUAAUUUUUUCAGUUAAUUCAAUAAUUACAGGCGUAUGGUCAUAUAAGACAAUUCGAAGCAAAAUUUGUAUGUGACGUAAUUAUUAGGAAUGCUUUUGGUACCACAGAAGUCAACUAGAUCAGAGGUGCUCCUUAUAUCCGAAGGCCAAUGUGUAAGGUGUCUCGAAGAUACAAUACCAAGACUAUUUCAGUUGUUUUAAAAAGUUCGCAACCCCUAAGUAGAAUCAGUCGCGAUCUCCAAAAUAUAUACUUGAUUUUUUAGUCGCCGCCAACGACUACAUGAAACGAUGAUCUAGAAUUUUGAGGAAAUUGAUGAAAUAUUCUUCUUUUAUAUUGCGCUUAGAUGGGCAAUAAAUGGCCGCUAUAAUGAUAGGGGAGCAUCGAUCUUGAAAGACAAUGCUUGUUGCUUGGAUUUCUUCUUUACGAAAUAGGUUUACCUGGUAACGCUUUAUUCUAUUUUUGACCAGAAUAGAUGUACCUCCAUGGAUAGUGCUACUUGGGUAUAUUGUGUAGUAAACGCGGUAGUUAGGAAUAUGAAGGUGGCUUAUUAUGCCGAAAAUGAAAGGAAAAUAAUAAUUAUACACUAAAAUUGAAGAAAAACCACGUAACUACAAACGUGCGGUCAAUAAUGACGCCAAACGGUUAUUUAUCUAAUAUAUGUUCACCGCAACAGACUGUGCGUUCAACAUCGGCUAGCAAUGAUAAUGAAAACAGAUUACAUGAAAGAACGCAAGUACACGGUUGUAAUGUUGCGAGAUAUUUAUAAAAAUGUUCUUCAUGGGGUGACUUUUGAUUCCACGAAUGUGCAAGGGUUAAGUUUAACUUCAGAGUUAUCGAGUAAAUUAUUAGUAACUAAAACCCCACAACGUACAUGUAAACGAUAAAAGCACUGAAAAGUUGCUUUGAAUAGAGUAUUUGUUCCAGUCUCUUCUCCGUAGGGGAGAAAACUUCUCAUCAGUUACAAAGUUAACUCUCGCAUCAGAGUUCAAGUUUGAAACAGGAAUAGUAUACAUUGUAACAGAUGGUUGUGAGUUCGUUUUUACUCAUGGAAACUUGAGGCAUUGGAGAUUGAAACGCGCAAGCGCUUUUGAUUUCGCAUGUUCGCAUCAAUCGAUUCAAUGUCUACUUUGAUCUGCUGCAUCCCCGUAGUCAUUCCCAGUUUUUUUCUAUCGCGAGUUCUUAGUCAGUAGUGAGCGAGCUCUCGGCUUGUGAGCACCUGAAGCACCCGAAGCAUCAUCGGAAUAUAUUUCUAUUUGUUAUUGAAAAUUACAAGCCGCUUUCCAAUUCUUUCGGAAAUUUUCCUCUCCAUUCACUAUGGAGAGACACCUUCCGCAGGCGCAUAUAAAUAUGAGUUACGAGCAAGACAUAAAGUAUGUCAUGAAACCGGUACAAUAUCUUCUACGGAUACUUGGCAUUUGGCCUCUGCUCGAGAGAGAUCUAUCAACCUUUGAAAUGAUGGGCAAAAUACUUCUGAUCACUCUGUGCUGCCUCCUCGUGUGCAUUAUAGUCCUUCCCGGGUUCCUCUAUUCUGUAUUCUUCAGCGAGGAUGAGCCACAUGCCAAAUUGAUGACGAUCGAACCUGUGAUUUACUCGUUCGUCGCGUUCAUUAAAUACGGCACUCUGAUCACUUACGAAAACAAGUUCAAGACUUGCCUGAGACACGUAAAAGACGACUGGAAGUUCGUCGCUUUGCCGAGCGCGAGGGAAAUUAUGAUCGAGAAGGCAAAGAUAGGAAGAAAUGUAUUUACCGUCUGUUGUAUCAUGCUAUACUGUGCCGGUCUGUCCUUCCAUACAGUCGUGCCGUUAACAAGUAGAAGGGUGCUUACCGAUGGGAAUGUCACGUUCAGGCCGCUGGCUUACGCGGGUUAUUACAUUGUGUUCGACGAGCAGCGCAGUCCGGCUUACGAGAUUAUGUUCCUGUUGCAGCUUUUCAGUGGAUUUGUCAUGUACUCCGUGACGAUUGUGUUAUAUGGCCUCAUCGCGCUCCUUGUCAUGCACGCGUGUGCACAGAUGAAGAUCUUGAUGAUGUUGAUGGAGGAGCUUGUCAGUGAGCAGAUCUGUACAGAGGAAAACGUGAACGAGAAGUUAUCGAUGGUCGUUGAGCAUCAGAUAAGAAUACGAAAUUACGUAUUAACGAUAACUGACGUCGCUUUCAGUUUUCUGUAUCUGGUAGAAGACACGAUGCGACACAGUAGUUUGUUUGAGAUAUUGGGUUCUACUAUAAUGAUGUGUCUUGUAGGAUAUUGUAUUCUUAUGGAGUGGCGAGUUGGGAAUGCCGCAAAUACGUGUACCUUUUUCAUUGUUCUGGUUUCCGAUGCGAUUAAUAUUUUUCUUCUCUGUUACGUCGGUGAACAUGUCACAGAGGCAUCAGAGGAGGUUGCUUGGAAAACGCAUAUGUUAGGAUGGUAUCGUCUUCCAUCAAGAAAAACGCGUGACAUGGUACUAAUAAUAAUUAUAUCGCAUAUUCCGUUAAAGAUCACAGCGGGCAAAUUUAUCGUCUUGUCCUUCAAGACCUUUGGUGAUGUAAGAGAAGUGGUUAAAUCAGCCGUCGUGUAUUUCAACCUUCUUUGUACGGUUUCCGAGUGAUUAGUAACUACCGAGACAAAAAUAUAAUUUGCUAAUCUUGUUUAAAUACAUUUAGAAAUCUUGGUAAGUUCAAUUAGACGCUUAAUGUAUUGCGUAGAAAAUAAUAACGUCAUAUAGGAUAACAAGUUGCAGAAAUUUGUGUGUAUAUAUUAUC